GGGCGCGGGGCCGGGAGCGGGACCGGGAGCGAAGGCGAUGGCGGCAGCGCCGGGCGGGCGCGUCCCGCGGCUCUGCGGGCGCUGCUGAUCUCCGCGGGGCGUCCUGCAGGGAUCCCUCAUUUGGUGUUGCCUGAUCAGUGAGUUCUUUACAUACACUCCAGCAGUGACCACACAGAACUGACAAACUUCAGCUGGAGGAGAGAAGAUGACAUCCCUGGGUGCACCACAGAAGGAAAUGCAUAGACUGACCUUGGAUACACCACAGAAAGAAAUACGUGAACUGUCCUUGGAUGCAUCUCAGCAGAAAAUCAGUAACCCGAUCAUUCCAUAUGUUGGGACAAUACAUGGUGGCCUUGUUCCUGGAGAGCAGAUUGUGAUACAAGGGACUGUUCUUGAUGAUGCAGACAGGUUCCAGGUGGAUUUACAGUGUGGCAGCAGCAUCAAGCCCCGAGCUGAUGUGGCGUUUCAUUUCAAUCCCCGCUUCAGAAGGUCUGGCUGCAUUGUUUGCAACACACUGGAGAGGGAGAAGUGGGGCUGGGAGGAGAUCACUUAUGAGAUGCCCUUUGAAAAAGGAGAGUCAUUUGAGCUUCUCAUCAUGAUUUUAAAGGAUAAAUUCCAGGUGUCUGUAAACAAAAAGCUUUUGCUGCUCUACAACCACCGAAUUAGCCUUGAAAAAAUAGAUACUCUUGGAAUAUAUGGCAAAGUGAAGAUCAAAACCAUAGAGUUUAUUUCUAAGUCUUUACAAGGCUCUCAGCCAUCAUCUCUAGGAGUAACAAAGAUAAGUGCAGAAAAUGGGGAAAUGCCAAAUGGUUCACAGUUGGGUGUUCCUUACAUUGGGAAACUUGAUACUGCACUUCGUCCAGGAUGCACAAUUGCCAUUAAAGGAGAAGUGAAUAAAAACUCAAAGAGCUUUGCUAUAAAUCUGAGACCAAGUGGAUCAAAGGACAUUGCUUUACAUCUGAAUCCCCGAAUGAAAAAUAAAGUUUUUGUAAGAAACUCCUACCUUCAUGACAGCUGGGGAGAAGAAGAAAAGGAAGUUGCUAGCUUCCCUUUUAAACCAGGGAUGUACUUUGAGCUGAUUAUUUUCUGUGAUGCCUACCAGUUCAAAGUUGCCAUUAAUGGUGUUCACACUCUAGAGUACAAGCAUCGUUUUAAACACCUUGAAAAGAUCAAUAUGGUGGAAGUCACGGGAGAUAUUCACUUGUUGGAAGUGAAUCAGUACUAAAAGAAUUUAAUCUCUUCUAAUGACAGUGCCUCCUUGUCAAGUACAAACAGGUGCUGACUCAUGCUGAGCCUGCUUUUAAUCUACCUAGGCUUUUGGAUUUGCCUCUCUGAAUUAGGCAACUAUCAGAAAUGCUAACUGCAAAUUUAAAUCCUUCUCUAGUUUACAGUUUCCUGGCAAGCUAAGUCAGUGUUUGCUCAGAUAAAUCUCCUGUAUUACUGUAUCUAGCAAUAUGAAAAUGCUGCAUCAUAUUGUGUCUAACAACUGCACUCUGUGUGUUAAGUUAAAUUACCAUUUGGCAUUCCUCGAUAUGAUCCAUUCAAUAUUGUGAAGUAGAAAUGAGACUGGAAUAGGGUCCAAAGAUACAGUUUUCCACCUCCAAAGGGAUUUAGUUUAUUUAAGAGAGAACUAUGGAUUAUAAUUUUCUAUAUCUUAAUUUAUGUUAGCACCUAUAACCUUUACGUGAGGCUGGAUUAAGCAAAGGAUUGACCCCUUACCUCUGGCGAAGGGCAGAGUUUGAUCUUAACUCUUAGCCUGCUGCUGCAAUAGCACCUUCUCUGACACCUGUGGCUAUGUCACCUCCUGCUUACAAGGGCCCAGGUUCUCUAGCUUUUAGUUUUCCAAAGUGAAACAUGGGAACGUGAUUUAGCUGGUUUCGAUUAUAUGAACAUCUGAAAGCUUGUUUGAUCUGAAGUGGCUCCUAACUGGCUUAAGAAUCCUUAGGGUCUGAAGAGGAGGUCUCUGGGUUUCAUUUUUAAAAUAUGUCUAAAUCCAGGUAGUCCAGGUAGGGUUUCAACUGAAAUGACACUCGAUUACUUAGCAGGGGACUAGAGAAUGGAUCUUUUUUUCAGUCCUGUAUUAAAAUACUAUCUAUGUGAAAUUAAACUGUUCCUAUUCAGUUUUCUGUACAAAUGUCAACCUUUUUAUAUUCUUUUUAAAAAUAAGCUACUGCUGGUUGUCAAUAUAUUCCUGAAGGAUCCCUGUAUAUCUUAAGACUGUUAAAAUUGAAGCAGUUUCUGUAAUAAAGACUGAAGACUUUAAAAGAUCAGAUUGAAUGUUUAAAAAGCAUCAAUAAAAACAUAUGUGAACUCUA